GUGUCUGAGCAAAGCACAUUUCCCUUGUACGUACAGGCAGGUCUCAUAUCGACUUGACAUAGGAGCAACAGCAAUGUGUGAUGCAAAUGUAAGACGGACAACGACGGCGUUUUGAAAAGGCAAUUAUUGACCCCGGAGAUUGGGGUUAAUUCGCCACCACGUCUACCGGAGAAGCAACGCUCAGCUAACGCCGCUACUAGCUGCGUGGAACUGGAAUGGAGCCAGGCGACUUGCGUGAGAGCCCCGCCGGCUCCGGGGAGUCGGAUGCGGGGGAUUGGAGGGAGGUUGUGCCCGGCCAGGACGAGGAGGUGAAAGCCGGCGACACUAACGGAACGACACUGGAGACGACGCCCGGGGACACCUGCGAGGAAAGCGGCAGUGAAAAGGGAGCUGGAGAGCAAUUACACAGCCCCUAUGAGGAGGAGCUGGACCCCAGAAUACAGGAAGAGUUGGAACAUCUCAAUGAAGCAAGUGCCGAAAUCAACAGACUGGAGCUUCAGUUGGAUGAUGCCCGAACAGGCUACCGGAAGAUCCUCACAGAGUCUGCCAGGAAGCUAAAUGCUCAGAGCUCUCAGCUCGGUGGCUGUAUCGAGAAAGCGAGACCUUACUAUGAAUCUCGCCGUCUUGCGAAAGAGGCACAACAGGAGACCCAGAAGGCAGCACUCAGCUAUGAGAGAGCGGUCUCUAUGCACACAGCUGCCAGGGAGAUGGUCUAUGUGGCGGAGCAAGGUCUGAUGGCUGAUGGCAAGAACACUCUGGAUCCCACCUGGCAGGAGAUGCUGAACCAUGCUACCUCCAAGGUGAACGAGGCCGAGGAGGAGCGACUGCGCAGCGAGAGGGAGCACAUGCGGGUCACACACGCCUGCCAGGAGGCCGAGGCUCGGGUUCAGAUGCUGCAAAAGUCCCUCAAAAGAGUCAUUGUGAAAUCCAAACCCUACUUCGAGCUCAAGGCCCAGUUCAACCACAUCCUGGAGGAGAACAAAGCCAUAGUGCUGCAGCUGGAGCAGCACGUAGCCAAAGUGAAGACCCGCUACUCCAUCGCCUUGCGGAACUUGGAACAAAUCAGUGAGCAGAUUCACGCUCAGAGGGGGAGAGAGGAGACGGUGAGAGACCAGGCGGAGGGAGGGCGCACCACAGUCUGCGGCGGGCGCAGCCCCCCCGUUGGAGCCGAGUCUGAUGUCAGAGUUCAGAAAGAAGGCGUGGCCUGCGGUGGCGCGUCGGUGACGGAUCGGGUGGAUGCGGCCAUCGGCCUGGAGAAAAACCGGGAGACCGAGAGGGACCGGGCGGGGUCGGACUCCCUGUCGGUCUUCAGCCUGCAGACCAUCGCCUCCGACUUGGAGAAAUACGACUCCAUCGAGCACCUCGGGGACCUCAGCGAUGUGGGCAGCGUAACUGGGGAUGAGGGGGAGAAGGAGAGAGGCGGCGUGAUGGAUAGAAGAGAAAAGCUGGCCGAAAGCAGUGCCAAAGAGCGCCAGCUGCAGUUCUACAAGCAGCAUCAUCGGAGCUUCAGUUUGUGAGGCUGUCGUAGACAAACACGCUAUAAACACCGCAGAAGCAACAGUGAGUUGUCAAAAAAACAACCAAUUAAGGCAAGCGUCUCGCAAACAAAGGGUACCGACCAAAGCAUAAGACAUUAAGCUAGCUGUGAAACUGCAUGGAUGCAGAUGUGUGAUGUAUUUGACGUUGUAAAUAAGCACAGGUCGGUCGACUGACAACACAUUAUUCUAGAGCUGACGCUGAUCAAUAGUUAAUAUUGCGGCCUGGUUACAACACUACUGGAAUCUAAAGCGCUUUCCACACGGGAGAAAACGUGUACGGUGUAUUGAGGGAUUCUGGGUAGAAUUUGUUCCUUGAGCAUAGAUCUCGAGCGCGGAUCUAAUGUGGUGAGACGAGUUAAAACAAAACCCUCCGGUCGAGUCCUGUCAGCGGUUCCUUCAAGGUACAGGGUGGUUUGGUUUGGGGGGGGGGGGGGGUUCGCAGGGUCUCUCAACAAACACAUCCACACUCGUACCCGCCCUCGUCAUGUUGGUGUCUGGGGGAAAAAUGACAAAAACGGUUCUCUGUCAGUGCAUGUUUGAAUUCACAUUUAGAGUAUUUCAAGCAAAAUGCUGCAAGUAGGUUUUGUCAUUUUAAAGCACCAGAGAAUACGUUUUUUGAAAAUUCCCUGAAAUGAGUUGAGUCUGAAGACAAUAAUGACUCGUUCCACUCCUACAGCAUGCACUCCUUGAUAGCUAUGUGAACAGACACUUACGACAUGUAGUCAGGGCUUUGUGCUGGAACCGAAACCGACAACAUUAGAGCUGCAGCCGCGUUUUCUUUUUAAAUGUCUUAUGAUGCAAAAACCUUUCCCAAAUUUGUGCCAUUUGGAUAUUGUUUACAAUUGUAUGGCUGAAUUUUUUUCAGCAUUAAAUGCAGCUUCUCUUUUGUUUCCCUUUUUUGUAAAAGAAAAUACAAAAAUUGCCCUGGUUGUAAUUUAAAGUGUGCCUUGACGGAACAAGUAACACAUUUAGCAUGAGCAGCACUUUCUUGUAAUCUCAUCCGUAGUUCUGUUUAGAACCAUUUAAAAAAAAAAAAAAAAAAAAAAAAACGUGUCUGUGCCAGUCUAUGAUUUUUAGAACCUAAUUAUCAAAGUCGCCCAGGCGCCGUAUCCGAUUAGACUUGAAGACUUUUAUUUUAUUCUUGUGACAUUGUAUUUUGAAUUUCUACGUGUGAGAUGCAACACCACAAAGUCAAGAAUUGACUUGUAAAUGUAUGUAAUUAUUACAAAGCUGGAAAAUAUUGACAUGUACAGUUCCGUGUGUUAUUUGAUGUGAAUGUUCGACUGGUUCGUUGUGCGGAUGCUUUGAAUGCCCUCAGUUUGUCAUGUGUAUUUAAAUCCUUAUCACAGUUCAUCCGAAGAACCUCUCCUUCACUGCUGUCUUAACCAUUCGCCGUACUAGUAGCAUUUGUGAUUUUAGUCAGAAUGUCACGCUCCGAUUAAUGCAUCCUCAUAUCUAUAACCAAUAAACCAAAUCAUACGUC